UUAGUCAACAAGUCCAUGUCCAAACAAGCGCACGACUUCAGUUCAUCCGUUUCCCUUUGGAUACCUCGAUCCUCGCUAAGACUGUCAUGCCUCAAUGUGUGCACCUCGUUGCAGUUUGGUCAACAGGCAGCACUUGCGCGAACACUAGAAACCCUGUCGAUCGAUGCUUGUUGUUUAUCAGCAACCUGUGCAAGGUUCAAGCUUUUUCCUUUCCCUGCGACCCCCACCUGCGACACUGGUGGCACUGUGCCUGUCUGGCGACGCCGCUUCAAAUGCUAAUCAAGCCAGCGUGGGCAUUGUUUUGAGUCCCCGGGCUGAAAAUGCCCUUAUCGAUUGGAUUCCAGUCAACAGCCGGAUGUGCUCCCUCAGAUUGUCUGUCUCGUUUCAGGCUUCGAAGUUGCGCGGGGACGAACGGUGCCUGUUUGUCAUUGCGAUCUACGCGUCCACGAACUCUAGCACUAACCCGACGAAAGAUGAGUUCUAUCACCAACUGAGCGGGAUUUUCGUCACAGGAGUUGUACCGAUAUUAUAGUCUUGGUAAUCUGAACGCCAAAGUUAAAAACUGCCCAAUGUCGAGCUUCAUCUGGGCUGCCAACUUGGCGUAGACUCCCAUAAUGGUAUCGGUGAGUGGUUGUUGCGCGUAGUGUAGACGCUCGUCUAUUUCUCGCAAGCACUAACAUUCGACACUGUACCCGAAUAAGAGUGACUUGGAGCCCACCAGGCUACGAUCAGCCAUCUACACAAAUCGUUCACAUCGCAUUAGAGAGGCUGGAGUGUGGACCCCGAUCACCCCCUUAUGUGUGCCGAUCUUCGGGUGCGUUUCGGCGGACGUCCGAAUCAGCUCUGUGAGUAUAUAGACACUUUCCAGGUGACGAAACCAGAUGUCC